UUUUUUUUCAGUAGCCUAAUAAUACAAUUGAUAAAUAGGGGCAUUUUUAGUGUUUAUGAGGAGUUCUAACUCUGUGCCAAAAGUUUUAUUUACAUUUUAAAUGUUCCUUUAUCAGUUUAAAAAUGUGUGAGUGAAGUGACAUACAGACAUGUAUGGUGACCCAUACUCAGAAGCUGUGCUCUGCAUUUAACCCAUCCAAAGUGCAGUAUCAUAUCACACAGAAAGCAGCACUGAACAUCUAAUACUGCUCUGUACGUUCAUGUUCUGGGCAUCUGGAAAACCACAUGGAGGAAUAGGAGAGAACUGUGGUGUGUUUUAGUCAUCAGGGUGGUAUGAUUAUCUAUGUAAUAAAACAUGAAGAUGGAUCUGUGAGAAGAAUAUUGUAAAGUAUCACAUACCAUGAUUUACAUGUUUUUUUUUUUUUUUUUCACAGUAUGUUUGACAUGAAUAAUAGGGUUUACGUUCUAAUUCAAUCGCAUGUAAAAAAAAUAAAAUAAAAACUAAAUAAUAAUAUUAAUAAUAAUAAUAAUUAUUAUUAUUAUUAUUUCAAAUAGAGAUCAUGACUCUACUAUAAACAGACAUAUUUUUGUGGAAAGCAUUGUGCAAUAAACAUUUCCAACUCAUAACCACCCUCAUCUUGUUUUACUUAAAAGUCAUAUGAGCACAGCACGCAGAGUAGUUCUGUCAGGACCACUAUUGUCAAAAUAAUAGAUACUUAGCAUGGACUUUUUGGCGGCAUUGUUUGGCGGUAUGGUACUGUUCUGGGCAAAAAAAAAUCUAUAUAACUAUAGCUACAUGUGAUCAGCUGAGAAUCAGCUGAGGCAAGCUUGAAUCACGAGACCUGUCAGAUCUAACGCUAAUGCUUAAUUUCAGGACCACUAUCAUCAAAAUGAUAGUUAGCAUUGACUUUUGUUUAAUAAGUUUGUAUGUACAGACAUCUGUAGAGGCCAUUUUUGGUAGAUUUUACAAGGAUUUUUUAAAUAGUGUUCAUAUCCAUAUCGUAUCGACCAAAAUUAAGUAAUAUAUUGUGAUAUAAAUUUAUGCCAUAUUGUCCAGCCCUAUUAUAAUCAUGAUAAGAAAUUUUCAUACUGUUACAUCUCUAAUGUUGGGUAAAACAGGUUAACAUUUUAAAUUAUGAGGAAUUAAUUUAUUAAUUUAUUUACUCUCUCUCUUAAAAUGAUAUUUCACCCAAAUAUUUAAAUACUGCCAAUGACUACCAGCAACUAUUUGACUACCAGCACUCUUCAAAAUAUCAUCUCCUGUAAAAGAAACUUAUACAUGCUGAGGCAAGUUAUACGUCUUGCAUGGUUGGAACAACUUGACGUUGAGUAAAUGAUGACAGAACUAUCCCUUUAAUAAAACACGCAAAUGGUUUCAUGUCAUCACAUCACAUCUGUACUAUGACUUUUGCUUGUGUUUGCAAUCAAUGAAGUGGGCCUAAUUGCCAACAACCUGCUGAUGUGAAGUAGUUUUGGCACAUCGCUGGUGCAAUGCAACUGCUUUGACAGAAAAGACAGUAGAAGUAAAAUGUGUCUAAUGCUAUAAGAGGAAGGCCACAGCACCCUACCCCCAAUCUCACAAAAUUAAUUUCUGAGUAUUUCUCUAAAUAGUCAGGAUAAAAAUGUAAGUGUCUGAACAAGAUGUCAUAUGACCACAGUGAUGCAUUAUUAAAUUGAAACCCAAAAAGCAGAACUUCAGAGCAGUCUAGUAUACUUGAAACAAAAGUUUCCACACUUAACUCUAGCAGACUGAAUGCAGUAUGUCUAACUCUGGCAACAUGAACAUUUCUGAUAAACAUGGGAUGGAAAGAGAAUAUGAAGAGAUGGAUAUAAAGAGCAGUAAUGUCAAUGCAGAAAGAGAGUACAUGAACAACAAGAGAUACCAAACACCUCGAAAUACAGUGAGGAUAAGAAACUACAGAGCAUCUGUGGUGUGUCUGGUUCUGCUGUGUGUUCUUCUGCUGACUGCAGUCAUAGUGCUGUGUGUCCACAGCCAUACAAACAAAGACCUGACAAAGGAGACACAUCUGCUUGAUGGAUGGAUUUACUAUCAAUCCAGUAUUUACUUCAUUUCCUCUAAAAUAAAGAGCUGGUCUGAGAGCAGAAGAUACUGUACAGAGAAAGGAGCAGAUCUGAUCAUCAUAAACAACAGAGAGGAACAAGAUUUUGUGAAGAAAAUAUCUGCUGAUGCUAAAGUCUGGAUUGGUCUGACUGACAGUGAUGUUGAGGGCACAUGGAAAUGGGUUGAUGGCAGCACACUGACCUCUGGGUUCUGGUAUCCUCGAGAACCCAAUGGACAUAUAAGAGAGGACUGUACUCUAAAUGAUUCAUCAGGAUGGGCUGAUUAUCCAUGUAGUGACAAUUAUAAAUGGAUCUGCGAGAAGAGCCUUGUAUUGUAUUCGAUGCACUGAAAAUACAUGAAGUACAGACUGAAUGUAGUGUCGCACUGCUUUAUGGCCAGAUGAGACACAAAUAUGCAGACAUACAUAUAAGCAGGCUGCAGGCGGUUGGUUUAUUUAUUUUUGGCAUCUGGUCAUUUUCAUUAUCACAAAUUUACUUCUCUUAAAUUAAAAAAAAAACAAAAAGCUCUUUGCUGUUGCAACGUACACAAUAAUAAUAAUUGUAAAAAAAAAUCAGAUUUUUUUUUUCUUUCAUAUGUGCUUAUAUAGGCUCCUUUUGUGUCAUUUUGGAGUUUCUAAGUGUCUGAAAAAAGCUUGCAAAAAAUACAGAUUUUUGAGAAUCACCGUUUAAUGAUUAUUUUUUGGUUUACUUUGCUGGAUAUAUCAAAUUAUGACAAAAUAAAAAUUUGAAACAAGAUACAAGGUCUAUGCUUAAUUUCAUGAAGUGUGCGAUUAAUCACAAUUAAUCACAGAAAAAGGGUGUGAUCAAUCUGAUAAAUUUUUUUUAUCAUUUAACAGCCCUUAAAAUACAUGUCUAAAAUGCAUGUGGAAGUGGCUCUGAGGAACAGAGGGAAAUUGCACAAUAUAUUUGACUGAGUUCGCAUUAAUAUAUUAAAAUUUAGGUACUAACACUCAAUUUUUAUGGGUAAAUAAGACACAACGAUGCAUCUUUUGUAAUGGUACUGCCCCAGAGAUAACUCUUGUAUCAUUUUUUUCCAGUUUUGUGAACAAAAGCAACUAAAUAAAAAAGGUGAAUGUCAAGAUAUUCUGUAAAAAAAAAAAAAAAAAAAAAAAAAAACCUGAAUGAAUACCUGAAUGCAUAUACAGUGGCUCAUAAUCAACUCAGUUCAGUGUCAGCAUUACUAUAUAAAUAACGUUUUUUUUUUGCCUUCUUGAGUGAUUUUGUACUAAUCUGUUCUGCUUUCCUGACUAACAGCUUACAGAAGAGGAACUAGCAGCUUUGGAGGAAGACAAAGAUUUGAGAUGACAAAGAGAUCAAAACAGCGUGUCAGAAAUGUCAUUAUUUUACUACAUUUAAUAGAUCAUUUGCACUCAGUUGAUGAGCUGAGCUGAGAGCAAAAGUUCAAAAUGUAUAAUAUGUGUCAUUUAGGUACUAGUAUUAAGGUACAAACAUGCACUAAAUAAGGGGUAAAUAAGGGACAAAUGUGUAUCCUUAAAAAAGGUUGAGCUCCAAUUACAGCUUUUACUGAGAGUGUACAGAGAGAGAAGCAUAUCUGAUCAUAAAUAAGCAGAUUAUCAUAAACAACAAAGGAAAAAGGGACUAAAAUAAAAGUUUGAAGUGUUUUAUUUUCAUAAAACUCAAAUUUGUCUGUCUUUUGUUUAUAAGUCUAAAGUUUCUAUGGUUCAAAUCCAAAAUCUCCUUCACUGUGAUCUCUAGCCCUUAGACACUUGAUGAAAAAUGUUUCUUAAAUUCACAAAUGAUUGCACAGGACUG